UAAUACUUAAACACACAGAGAAUGUGCAGAAUCUGUGUGUUUAGAGGCGUGCGUUCACUACCAUUGAAAACAUCUGUUUGUUUUUGUGGUCAAAAAUAUUAGUUAUAAUUUUUGUGAUAACUAACUAAAUACAAAAUGUUUAACUAAGAGGACCGGGAUUCAAUAUGAGUGCAAAACCAAUUCUAUACAAUUCGUAUCACAGUUCUUGUUCCUGGCGGGUGAGGAUCGCACUGAAUCUAAAGGGCAUUGAAUACGAGUACAAAGCCGUGGAUCUGAAUACAGACCAACAGUUUGCACCGGACUUUCAACGCCUCAACCCCUUACACCAGGUGCCCGCACUGGUAGUCGAUGGCGAGCAGGUGGUGGUCGAGUCCUAUGCCAUCAUUGAGUACUUGGAGGAAAGGUACGCCAACACCGGCGCACCGGUACUGCUGCCUAAAGAUCCGGUGCUGAGGGCUAAGGCCAGGGCUAUCGCACUGGCAGUCGUGGCCGGUAUUCAACCGCUUCAGAACGACUCGGUUUGCGAACGGUCAAGCGGCCGGUGCUGUGUCGGGGAUGAGGUAUCGGUGGCUGAUGUAUGUCUGGCUCCACAGGUAUUCAAUGCAAUCAAUUUGGGGAUUGAUAUCAAAGACUAUCCGACAAUCAGUAAAAUUAAUACAUAUCUUAUGAGUUUGGAUGCCUUCGAAAGCACUCACCCCUACCGACAAACAGACUGUCCGCCAGAAUUGAGAAUUAAAUAA